CCAGCAGCAGCAGCAGCAGCAGCAGCAGCUCGCCCACCACGUUCCCCCGUCACUCACAUCGCAGCGCCAGCCAGCCAUAUAUAGACAUCGAUCCACCAUUUCUGGCUAUAGCUCGCCCACCGCGCGCACCGAGACGUCGACCGGCGGAGCGGUGGCGAUGGGGUCGGCGAGGGUGGAGAAGGUGGUGUUCGCGCUCAACGGGCGGCGGUACGAGGUGGCCGGCGCCGACGUGCACCCCGGCACCACCCUGCUCGAGUUCAUCCGCACCCGGACGCCCUUCACCGGCACCAAGCUCGGCUGCGGCGAAGGUGGAUGUGGAGCUUGCGUGGUCCUCAUAGCAACUUACAAUCCAAAAAAAGAUGAAGUGACUGAAUUGUCUGCAAGUUCAUGCCUGACGCUGCUCUACAACAUAAAUCUCUGCUCAGUCAUCACCACCGAAGGCCUGGGAAAUACCAAAGAUGGUUUCCAUUCUAUCCAGAAGAGGAUGUCUGGGUUCCAUGCUUCCCAGUGUGGUUUCUGCACUCCUGGCAUGUGCAUGUCUAUUUUCACCUCUCUUGCUAAUGCCGACAAAUCCAACAAGCCUGAACCACAAAAAGGGUUCUCAAAGUUGACGGUGUCCGAGGCAGAAAGGGCGUUCUCAGGCAACAUGUGUAGAUGUACCGGGUACAGGCCAAUUGUCGACGCCUGCAAAAGUUUUGCUUCAGAUGUUGACCUGGAGGAUUUGGGCCUCAAUGUAUUCUGGAAGAAAGGCGAUAACCACGCCGAUGUUAGCAAGUUGCCAGCUUAUACUCUUGGCGGUGGAGUCUGCACUUUUCCAGACUUCCUAAAGUCCGAGAUAAAAUCUUCGCUUCAUCAUGUAAAUGAUGAUUCGGAUGUUACGGUCUCCAGGGAGGGUUGGUAUCAUCCUAAAAGCAUCAAGCAAUAUUAUGAUUUGCUGAACUCUGGCCUGUUUAGUGAAUGCACAGUUAAAGUGGUUGUCGCAAACACAAGUUCUGGUGUAAAGGGAUACAAGGAUCAGGAUCUAUAUAACAAGUAUAUUGACAUCGGUGAGAUUCCAGAGCUUUCAGCUAUUUGGAAGAAAGACAGUGGCAUUGAAAUUGGAGCAGCUACACCAAUUUCUAAGACCAUCGAGAUACUUGAGCAAGAAGCCGGGUCUAAAUCAUGUCCAAAUGGAAGUUUGGUUUUCAGAAAACUCGCUGAGCACAUGAGCAAGGUGGCCACACCGUUUGUCCGUAACACAGCAAGCAUUGGCGGGAACAUAAUUCUUGCACAGAAAUACCCUUUUCCCUCGGACAUCGCGACCAUACUUCUUGGUGCUGCUUCAACUGUGCGUCUUCAGGUUUAUUCAGAAACACUAGAGGUUACUUUGGAAGAGUUUCUGGAGCAGCCUCCUAUUGAUCCUAGUACAUUGCUGCUGAGCAUAUUUAUUCCACAUUGGGUUUCAGAUUCUCAGAAAGAAAGUAAGGUGAUAUUUGAAACUUACAGAGCAGCGCCACGCCCUCUUGGCAAUGCGGUUUCAUAUAUUAACUCUGCUAUGCUGGGCCAUGUCUCCCUGAAUGAAUCAUGUGGUAAUCUUGUGCUUAGUAACCUACACAUGGCCUUUGGUGCCUAUGGUACAAAACAUGUUAUCAGAGCAACAAAAGUUGAACAACACCUGGACGGAAAAGUGCUCACUCCAUCUGUUGUGCUCGAAGCAGUUCGCUUACUUAGAGAAAUAAUUGUACCAAUGGAAGGAACAUCACAUCCUGAAUACAGAGUCAGUGUGGCUGUUGGAUUUCUCUUCAGUUUCCUGUCUCCAUUUGCUAAAGGAAUCAAAGGGCCUGGAAAAACUCUGAGCAUUGGUUCUGCUAGUUCUUCAGAUAUAGAUGACCCAUGUAACCUUCCAUUGUCUUCACGCCGAGAAACAAUUUCCAGCGAUGAUCAUAAACCAGUUGGCGAGCCGAUUAAAAAGUAUGCAGUUGAGCUUCAAGCUUCUGGGGAGGCAGUAUAUGUAGAUGAUAUUCCUGCUCCAAAAAAUUGCCUGUAUGGGGAGUUUAUUUACAGCACACAGCCUCUUGCAUAUGUCAAGAAUAUCAAAUUCAAGCCUUCUUUAGCAUCAGAGAAGGUCCUCACGGUUGUUUCUGCAAAGGAUAUUCCAAGUGGAGGGCAAAAUAUCGGAUCAAGCUUCAUGUUUGGGGACGAACCACUUUUUGGCUCUCCUGUAGCUGAGUAUGCUGGGCAAGCCCUUGGUGUCGUGAUUGCAGAGACUCAGAGAUAUGCCAACUUGGCAGGCAAACAGGUCGUUGUUGAAUAUGACACAAAAGAUUUGAAGCCACCAAUCUUAACUGUAGAACAGGCAGUACAGAACAAUAGCUAUUUCGAAGUUCCUCCUGGGAGGUAUCCAAAACAAGUUGGUGAUUUUUCGAAGGCCAUGGCAGAAGCUGAUCACAAGAUCCUCUCAACAGAAGUGAAACUUGCCUCUCAGUACUAUUUCUACAUGGAAACACAAACAGCAUUGGCAAUUCCAGAUGAAGAUAACACUAUUGUGGUCUACAGUUCAUCACAAUACCCUGAGCUUGCGCAGAGUGUCAUAGCGAGGUGCCUCGGCAUUCCAUUCAGCAAUGUGCGUGUCAUUACAAGAAGAGUUGGAGGAGGUUUUGGUGGGAAGGCAUUCAGAUCACACACUGUAGCAACGGCAGCUGCGCUUUGUGCCUUCAAGUUACGUCGUCCAGUGCGGAUGUAUCUCAACCGCAGUACUGACAUGAUCAUGAUCGGGGGUCGGCACCCCAUAAAAGCAUAUUACAGUGUUGGUUUCAAGUCCGAUGGGAGAAUCACAGCCUUGCACCUGGACAUUCUGAUCAACGCUGGGAUUUCUCCAGAUGCGAGCCCCCUAAUGCCAGAUACUAUGAUGUCUGGCCUGAAGAAAUACAACUGGGGCGCUCUCUCGUUCGACAUCAAGGUCUGUAAGACAAACAACACAUCCAAGUCAGUAAUGCGGGCUCCUGGAGAUACACAAGGCUCUUUUAUUGCUGAGGCCAUCAUCGAGCACGUCGCUUCAGUGCUAUCGCUUGAUGCUAAUAAUGUCAGGCAGAAGAAUUUCCACACAUAUGACAGUCUUGUGCUGUUCUAUCCAGAAAGCGCAGGUGAAGCAUCGACGUACACAUUGCAUUCUAUUUUCAACAGAUUACUCAGGACGUCAAGCUACCUGCAUCGAUCUGAAUCCAUCAAGCAUUUUAACAACUGCAACAAGUGGCGGAAGAGGGGUAUCUCUUGUGCGCCCCUCAUCUUCAAGGUGGCACCAAGGCCAGCUCCUGGAAGAGUUUCUGUGCUCAACGAUGGUUCCAUUGUGGUUGAAGUUGGAGGUGUUGAGGUUGGGCAGGGACUGUGGACCAAAGUACAGCAGAUGACGGUUUUCGCGUUGGGACAGUUAUGGCCUGAUGGAUGUGAAUGCCUUCUUGAUAGAGUGCGUCUUCUUCAGGCUGACACGCUGAACUUGAUCCAAGGUGGACUCACUGCUGGCAGUACUUCGUCUGAAUCUAGCUGUGCAGCAACUCUUGAGGCUUGCAACAUGCUGGUUGACAGAUUAAAGCCAGUCAUGAAGAAGCUCAAGCAGCAAUCCGGUGGUGAUGUUUCAUGGGAUGCUUUAAUUGCUCAGGCCAUUAAGGAUAAUGUUAAUUUGUCCUCAAGUGCAUACUGGGUACCUGGCCAAGAAUCCAGCACCUAUCUGAACUAUGGAGCUGGUAUAAGUGAGGUAGAGAUUGAUGUCCUUACAGGAGCUAUUACUUUACUACGGAGCGACCUUGUGUAUGACUGUGGAAAGAGUUUGAACCCUGCAGUGGACUUGGGCCAGAUUGAAGGCUCCUUUAUACAAGGAAUUGGUUUCUUCAUAAAUGAAGAACACGAAACAAAUGCCGAUGGACUGGUUGUGAGUGACAGCACAUGGGUCUACAAGAUCCCAAGCGUGGACACCAUCCCGAAGCAGUUCAAUGCUGAGGUGCUCAACACGGGGUACCAUAAGAACCGUGUUCUUUCGUCAAAAGCCUCUGGGGAACCUGCCGUGGUUCUCGCAGCAUCGGUCCAUUGCGCGGUGAGAGAAGCCAUCCGAGCGGCGAGGAAGGAGUUUGGAAGCUCGGAGCCCACGUUCCAGCUCGACGUCCCUGCGCCGAUGACCCAUGUGAAGGAAAUGUGUGGUUUGGAGGUCGUGGAGAAGUACUUGGAAGGCCUAUCUGCGCAUCGGUCUCGAUCUGCGGCGUGAUACAAGAAUAUGUGCUAUUGUCAACCGGAAGGAGUGGUGUGGUUUGUCCGUGUUGUGUGUGACGUUGAGCGGUAAAUUGCGGAGUACAUGUUGUUCUAAAUGUUUGUAACUUUGAGUGACGUGCUUGCACACUUUUGUACGUAAUAAUUAUGGGUUGAGGUUUGCGUUGAUGGUUCCUGACUGAACCUGAACGCAGGCUUGCAUUUAGAAUGCACGUUUGUAAAUGGUUGUCCACGUUUUCUAUUUGCGGUGUCGAUGGUGCAUGGGGGUCAUAGUAUUGUUCAUGGGCCGCAUUUGGAACUAGGAGUACUGCAUAUAGUUGGGCCGAGCCUGUGUGUCUUGGUUAGAAAAGAACGGACUGAGCAACCCAUACACAUGGAGGAAGAUCUCAAAAAAAAGAAAAAAUGCACAUGGAGGAUCGACGGUGGCCGUUGGAUCCUCCCUCACGCGCGCUUUGCACCGAACACGUGGCACGGUACUACUACGUCCCAGAACACUCGAGAAAACCCUCGCCGCCGCACUCUAUCACGGGCUCACUCAUCAUUAGUUUAAGUGUGAGGCCGCCGCGGCGGAGACCGUCCGCUCCGCCCGCCGUGGCCGAUGACCGCACCACCAGAGACCGCGGCCACUCGGAAAAAACCCGGCGGCGAUGAGGAGGCCCGGCCCUUGGCGCACACCUGUUCUCCCGAGCGGCGGCAGCGUCGGAUCCCUCCGCCUCGCGGGGCCAGCCCUCCCGUCCGCGCCGCGCCGCGACGCCGGCUUGGAGGCCCGUGCUCGUGCUCCGGCAGCCGCCGCGGCUUCGCCGGCGUCGGAUGCGGUCGCGGGGGGUCUGGGGACCGCGUGGCAGGGGGACCGCCUCGCAUCCGGUCGUGGGUUCCGGCGACGCCAAGCGGUAGAUCUGAGCCGCCGUCUCCACUUCGUCUCCUCUGUGUUUCGAUCUGGUACCUCCACCCCUCACCACCUCUCUCCCUCUCGCCCGCUCGCAUUGCGAGCGUGUGUGUAUAAGCGCAGCGCUCGGUUUGGUCGGUCGCUGGUUCCAGAUCUCACCUCUGCGGGGGCCGCCUGCUCCGACCAGAUGGUCCGUUGGGUGCUGGGAAACUUUAGGCUGUAGGGACGGACCCAGCGAUGCGAGGAACCGAGCGGUGGCACUGUCAGAAUCUUUGAAAGUAUUCCCGUGACCAGGUGGUGAUCGACGGGUAUUUUGGUUUUGUACGCCGGGAUCACCACCGUCACCAUGUCAGUGGCGGAGCUUUACCAACAAAUGUUGGAAGGUAGGUCGCUGGUUCCCAAUCCCACCUCCACGGGGGCCGCCUCCUCCGACCAGUUGGUCCGUUGGGCGCUGGGAAUCCAGAGGGGGUAGGGACGGACCCAGCGAUUUGAGGAAUCGAGCAGUGACAUUGUCAGAAUCUUUGCAAAUACUGUCAGAAUCUUUGCAAAUACUCUCUGGGUAUUGGUAUAUCCAAUACAUACUACAUAUGGAGCGAAAUGAGUGAAUCUACAUUCUAAAAUGGGUCUAUAUACAUCCGUAUGUAGUCCGUAUUGAAAUCUCUAAAAGGACUUAUAUUUAGAAACGAAGGGAGUAACAAUAUUGGAACCUCGUCAUCAUCAUCAUCAUCUCCGUUGCUGUCACAAUAACCUUGGUACUCUUUGGUUCACAGGAUUCUAGAAAAGAAUGGCAGGAAUAUGUAAUAGUCCUAAAGAAUUCCUUUGAAUCAAAGAGGCCCCCAACUUGCUGGUGGUGGUGGUGCUGGUAGUGCAAGCUACUGCAAAGUUCAUACGAACUUCCUUUGGAUCAAGGAGGUCCUAUGGCUGUCGCACCUUUUGUUUGUGAAUGGUGCAUGGCUUUAUGAUUAACAAGUUUGUGGUUGCUGAGCUGUCCCGUGCUGAAUGACUUCCCAUUUUGGCGAGUCCGCUAGAGUUGCUCUAAGCUGGUGCGGGGCUAUGAUGAUUGAUUAUGGAUGAUAUAAGCACGCUCUCUGAGCAAUCGAGGCCCUUGUGGGUGUGAAGUUGGAUCCCCCCUUGUUUCUUUGAGCCGUUUUGAUCAUGUGCUUAUUUUAGUGGCUCUGUCCUUGGAUGGUCAUUUCUGAUGAAUGAUAACCAGGGCAGUUUCACCAUUGCAAGAACAAUGUGCAAGGUGUGACAAGAAUGGUCUAGCGCUGAGCCCCAAGGUUCCGUCAGCAGAUGUCCGCGGGCAUGUCGACAGCCGGCCGGGCCUAGUCCAUUCUUGCUAGGGCGAUGAUGAUUGACCAUGGCUGAAAUAGUGUGCCUUUGAGCAAUCGAGGCACCUGUGGGUAUCAAGUUGGAUUCUCCCUCUUGUCUCUAGAAUCCAUUUUGAUCCUGUGAUACUGAUGGCUCUGUCCUUGGACGGUCAUUCUUCUUGAGUGAUAACCAGGGCAGCUCCACAGUAUAAACUGGUUGAUCUGGUGAUAGCAGAUGAUGUGGGUAGGUUGUAUGAUCGAGCAAAGGCGAAUCUGAGCCCAC